AUGGCCAGAUACACCCGCAAAACUGAAAGGAUGAACGCGGGGCGAAGGGAUUCUCCCCGGAUCCCCAAAAGAGAAGCAAAGGACGGCGUUUUGCAACACGCCGUCCCUCCGGACACAUGCACCGCCGCAGCCCCCGACUUCUCCUGCUGGAAGCAAUGCAGGUCCCGCCAGUUCCAGUGCUCCUGGCCACCCCACGGCCCCGCCGGCAACACCUCCUACCUCCUGACGCUCUGCUACGCGAAGCCCAGGCUGUGCCAGCGCUUCGAGGUGGGCACGGGGACGACGUACACCCUGAAUGAUCACCGCGUCUACGUCCUCACCAACGCCACGGCCUGGGUGGAGGCACGCUGGGGGGACCACGUCCACAGGACCCCCAACCUCACGCUGUACCUCGACAAGGCCAUCAAGCUGGAUCCGCCCCCCACCGGGAUGCCCUUCACCAAGACUGGUGGCCAGCUGCAGCUGAGGGUGCCGUGGCCACCGUGCUACCGCAGGGGCCAGCUGCCGCAGUGGGAGGCUCGCUUCCAGAGGAAUGGUGACAGCAGCUGGACACAGGUGAUGUGCGAGAUGGUGACGGACAAGAAUGACUCAGUGACCUGCACCCUGGGGAGGGACGGCACCUUCGAGGUCCAGCUCCGGCACAAGCUCCCCCACUGGAGCAGUUACUGGAGUAACUGGAGCAGCUCCAUCUUCAUUCCCGAUGAAAUCCUGGCGAGCCCAGAGCUGAGCUACCAGCUGGGAAAACUGGGGAGAGACGGGCAGCGGGUGCUGAGACUGAGCUGGCAGCGAGCCCCCGAGCAGCAGGGGAAUGUCACCUACACGCUGCGCACCCGCAUGCCGGCGUGCCGCUGCACCAAACCGGCCAUGGAGGACACCGUGGAGCUGGGGACGGAGGUGACGGCGCACAACCUCACCCUCUCCGGGGCUCAGUAUGAAAUCCUGCUGACGGCGGUCAACGCUGCCGGGCCGGGGCCGGCGCAGCAGGUCUACGUGCCAGCAGAGCAGCGUGCAGAUUUGGGCUUCAAGGAUGUCAGCGUGGCCGGCAGCACCGUGAUGGCGCAGUGGGAAGCACCGAGCUCUGGCUUAGUCUACUGCUUUGAGCAGCAGCCGCUGCCGGAAGCCCUGGAACCGGGCGUCUGCAUCCGACGGGAUUUCCCUGCCAAGAGCAUCCACGUGGAGAGAGAUGCUGAAGCAGAUGCUGCGGCAUCACACUUCACCCUCCAAAACCUACGGCCCGGCACAACCUACAGGGUGGGCGUUUGGGAGGUGACGGCGGAGAGCGGCGGGACCUGCAGCACCGGGUGGCGCUUCCAGACCAAGGUGUUGGGUCCCCAGGGAGCAGCGUGGAAAUCCAACCUGAAGUACCUGGGCAUCUUGCUCGGUCUUUCUGCUGUGGCCACCGUCUACCAGCUGAGCAAAAGGAGGGCUCGCCGCCUCCUCUUCCCACCCCUGCCCAAGCCCGUGGGCACCAAAGCCAUCCAGUUCUCCACCGGUGAAACAAGCCAGGGCCAGCCCCGGCCAGGCUUCGUGGAGCCCUUGGAGAGGUUCAGUCCAGCCGAGCUCCUGAUAACGGAGCUGAAUCCCAGCAAGGAGAUGGCAGAUGCCGGCACGCGGCCCGGCACACCGCAGCCCACCAUGCCGCAGCCCGGCCCUGCGGUUGAAGAACCGGUGGUGGUGUGCCCAUCGGGCUGCGAGAAGGAGCUGCCGUUUGCCUACCGGAGGCAGGAGAUGCUGAGCCCGGUGGGAUUUCCAUCGCCUGGCAGCACCGGCUGCUCCGGCUGCCUGCCCGGCAAGGAGGAGGAGGAGGAGGAAGAAGAAGAGGGAAGGCGGGGGCUGCACCAGCCGCUGGUUCCCAUUGCCCUGCUCAUCUCUGACAAACCCGUCAUCAUCAGGGACGAGGAAGGAUGGGACCCACCACCGGAGAAGUCGGUGCCGUAG